AUGAAAGAAAAAGCCGAGAGCAAAAAUAUGAAUAGUAAGAAAAUUGAUGUGAUAACCUUUAAACGUGAACUUAAGAUGGACUUGCGAAAAGAAAUUGAGGAAUCACAGUGUCGAGCAGUAUUUGUCGAUCGCUUUAAUCGAGAUAAGGCUAUAGUGUCAUUGAAGAGUGCACAGAGAAGGUUGAAGCUGAAUGUUUCUACAUUUCCGGAAGGCACCAGAAAUCAUGGUAAUAGAAUGAUUGAAUUCAAAAAAGACGCUUUCAACUUAUCUGUUUUUGUAACUCUUUCAUUCUUAUGCAAACGAAUAUGGUUAUAG